GUGGAGCUGCUGCCUGCCCUCUCUCUCUCUCUCUCUUGUUCGGUUAUUGCGGCGGCCUUCUGCUUAUUCUCUUCUCAAGACUCAUAAAUACACUUUUUCAUUUUUCCAUAUCCUUUUCUCUCGAUCGUUUCUUCGUUUUCAAGCAACGGAUAAGGACGUGUUUUCACCAGCUGGAAGGAGAAUUUCACGACUAAUAGUUUCAUUUCCCGUUUCCUUCACACUUUUCUGACUGGAACUGAACAUUUGGUUGGUAGGAUUAUAGAUCUGGAAGUGAUUAACUUCAAAAUUCUGUUUACAGUGUCUGUAAACUCGAAGGAACAAAAACAGAGUUAUCGACAAUGUCGUCGAUGACUUCGAAUCCUCUCGUUCAAACGGGAAAUAACUGUGUUAUUCAUUCUCCAUCUGUGAAUGGGAGAUCAAUCGCUAAUCCUCAACUCAGCGUCGUGCAUCUCAGACGAGCUGAUGCGGCUAGAGCGGUUCGUGGCGGUGUUUGUGCUAAUCGGUCGAAUGUUUUUGAAAAGAGAUUCUACGGAAAUCGAGUACAUCUAUGGAAGUCUGACGGUCCUGGAAGGGAUCCGAAGCUGAAAGUGGUGGUGCGAUCUGCAUUGUCACAGGUGCCGGAGAAACCGCUCGGUUUAUAUGAUCCAUCAUUUGAUAAGGAUUCUUGUGGAGUUGGAUUUGUAGCUGAAUUAUCCGGAGAUAACACCCGUAAAACUGUGACGGAUGCUAUUGAGAUGUUAGUAAGGAUGUCUCACAGAGGAGCCUGUGGUUGUGAGACGAAUACUGGUGAUGGAGCUGGUAUCCUUGUUGGUCUCCCUCACGAUUUCUACCAAGGGGUUGCAAAAGAUGUGGGGUUUGAGCUACCACCACUUGGCCAGUAUGCUGUGGGGAUGUUCUUCUUGCCUACCUCUGAAAACAGGAGGGAACAAAGCAAAAUUGUAUUCACAAAGGUUGCGGAGUCACUUGGGCAUACUGUUCUUGGCUGGCGACUUGUUCCAACUGAUAACUCAGGCUUGGGAAAGUCUGCUUUGCAGACAGAGCCAGUUAUUGAGCAAGUGUUUCUCACACCUACCUCUAGGUCGAAAGCUGAUUUCGAGCAACAGUUGUAUAUAUUGAGGAGAGUUUCUAUGGUUGCUAUUCGGGCUGCGUUAAACCUCCAACAUGGAGGAACAAAAGACUUCUACAUAUGUUCCCUUUCCUCAAGGACCGUGGUCUACAAGGGUCAGUUGAAGCCCAACCAAUUGAAGGAAUAUUAUUAUGCAGAUCUUGGCAACGACAAGUUUAGGAGCUACAUGGCCCUGAUACAUUCAAGAUUCUCAACAAACACUUUUCCUAGCUGGGAUCGAGCUCAACCUAUGCGUGUCCUGGGACAUAAUGGAGAAAUUAACACUCUCAGGGGAAAUGUAAACUGGAUGAGAGCUCGGGAAGGUCUUCUUAAGUGCAAGGAGCUUGGCUUAUCAAAAGAUGAGAUGAAGAAGCUCCUACCGAUUGUAGAUGUUAGCUCCUCUGACUCAGGAGCUUUUGAUGGAGUUCUUGAGCUAUUGGUUCGAGCUGGUAGAAGUCUCCCAGAAGCCAUGAUGAUGAUGAUCCCUGAAGCCUGGCAAAAUGACAAAAACAUGGAUCCUGAAAGAAAGGCUCUGUACAAGUACUUUUCAGCUCUUAUGGAACCUUGGGAUGGACCUGCUCUAAUAUCAUUUACUGAUGGACGUUAUCUUGGAGCUACACUAGAUAGAAACGGACUGCGUCCUGGUCGCUUUUAUGUUACUCACAGCGGACGAGUCAUCAUGGCAAGCGAAGUUGGAGUUGUGGACAUUCCACCAGAAGACGUGGCAAGGAAAGGAAGACUGAAUCCUGGAAUGAUGCUUCUAGUGGACUUUGAGAAGCAUGUUGUUGUAGAUGAUGACGCUUUGAAGCAUCAGUAUUCUCUAGCCAGACCAUAUGGUGAAUGGAUCAACAGACAAAGGAUUGAGCUGCAUGAUAUACUCCAAUCAGUCAAGGAAUCUGACAAGAUUCCACCACCCAUAGGUGGAGUCAAACUAGCAUCAGAAGAGGAUGACAGCAUGAAAAACAUGGGCAUGCAUGGCAUAUUGGGUCCAUUGAAGGCUUUUGGUUACACCAUUGAAUCCCUGGAAAUGCUGCUUCUUCCAAUGGCAAAAGAUGGAGUUGAGGCCCUUGGGUCAAUGGGGAAUGAUGCACCCUUAGCCGUGAUGUCAAAUAGGGAGAAACUCACAUUUGAGUAUUUUAAGCAGAUGUUUGCACAGGUUACAAAUCCUCCUAUUGAUCCUAUUCGUGAGAAGAUUGUGACCUCCAUGGAGUGCAUGAUUGGUCCAGAAGGUGAUCUUACAGAGACUACUGAAGAGCAAUGUCAUCGUCUUUCUCUCAAGGGUCCUCUGCUAUCGGUCGAAGAAAUGGAGGCAAUCAAGAAAAUGAAUUAUAGAGGCUGGCGGAGUAAAGUUCUUGAUAUAACAUAUUCCAAAGAACGUGGGAGGAAGGGAUUGGAGGAGACACUGGAUAGGAUCUGUUCUGAAGCUCUUGAAGCAAUUAAUGAGGGUUACACAUUGUUGGUGCUGUCUGACAGAGCAUUCUCCUCAAAGCGCGUUGCUGUAAGCUCCCUCAUGGCUGUUGGAGCAGUCCAUCAUCAUCUAGUCAAGAAACUUGCAAGGACUCGGAUAGGUUUGAUUGUUGAGUCUGCUGAGCCCCGAGAAGUACACCAUUUUUGUACACUGGUUGGGUUUGGUGCAGAUGCUAUCUGUCCUUAUUUGAGUACAGAGGCUAUUUGGAGAUUACAGGUUGAUGGAAAAAUACCAGCCAAGCCAAAUGGUGAGUUCCACUCAAAAGAUGAACUGGUAAAGAAAUACUUUAAAGCAAGCAACUAUGGAAUGAUGAAGGUUCUUGCCAAAAUGGGCAUAUCAACUUUGGCUUCUUAUAAAGGCGCUCAAAUUUUUGAAGCCGUCGGCCUCUCCUCAGAAGUAAUGGAUAGGUGCUUUACUGGAACUCCAAGCAGAGUUGAGGGGGCAACAUUUGAAGUGCUUGCUAAUGAUGCACUUGAGUUGCAUAACCAGGCCUUUCCUUCGCGGGUUUCUCCACCAGGAAGUGCGGAAGAUGUUGCUCUGCCAAAUCCUGGAGAUUAUCACUGGAGAAAAGAUGGUGAGAUACAUCUGAAUGACCCAUUUGCUAUAGCUAAGUUGCAGGAGGCUACCAGAGGAAACAGUGUGGAAGCCUAUAAAGAAUACUCCAAGCGCAUACAUGAGCUCAACAAGGCCUGCAAUUUACGUGGGCUUCUGAAAUUCAAAGAGACAGACAAGAUGAUCCCACUGGAAGAAGUUGAACCAGCCAGUGAGAUUGUCAAGCGGUUUUGCACUGGAGCCAUGAGCUAUGGAUCAAUAUCCCUUGAGGCGCACACUACCCUCGCCAUUGCUAUGAACAAGAUUGGUGGGAAGUCGAAUACAGGUGAGGGAGGCGAGCAACCAUCACGCAUGGAACCUCUACCAAAUGGUUUGAGGAAUCCAAAAAGGAGUUCAAUUAAGCAAGUCGCAAGUGGGAGAUUUGGAGUAUCAAGUUACUACCUUACAAAUGCAGAUGAAAUACAGAUAAAAAUGGCUCAGGGAGCCAAGCCUGGAGAGGGUGGCGAACUACCUGGUCACAAAGUUGUAGGGGAUAUUGCAGUUACUAGGAACUCUACUGCUGGAGUGGGAUUAAUCAGUCCACCACCUCAUCAUGAUAUCUAUUCCAUUGAGGAUCUUGCUCAAUUAAUACAUGAUCUCAAAAAUGCAAAUCCAGAUGCUCGAAUUAGUGUGAAGUUGGUAUCAGAAGCUGGGGUUGGAGUAAUUGCUAGUGGCGUUGUUAAGGGGCAUGCAGAUCAUGUGUUGAUAUCUGGUCAUGAUGGAGGUACAGGAGCUUCUCGCUGGACUGGUAUCAAGAGUGCAGGUCUUCCAUGGGAACUUGGUCUUGCAGAAACUCACCAAACUCUAGUUGCUAAUGACUUACGUGGACGGAUGGUUCUCCAAACGGAUGGCCAACUGAAAACAGGAAGAGAUGUGGCUAUUGCAGCACUUCUAGGGGCAGAGGAGUUUGGUUUCAGCACUGCUCCUCUCAUAACCCUUGGAUGCAUUAUGAUGCGAAAGUGCCAUAAGAACACCUGUCCGGUUGGCAUUGCUACCCAGGAUCCUGUUCUUCGUGAAAAAUUUGCUGGAGAACCUGAGCAUGUGAUAAAUUUCUUCUUCAUGCUUGCGGAAGAACUACGAGAGAUCAUGUCUCAGCUUGGAUUUCGAAAUCUUAGAGAAAUGGUUGGUCGUUCAGAUAUGCUCGAGAUGGACAAAGAACUAGUUAUGAACAACGAGAAGCUUAAGAAUAUUGAUCUCUCUCUACUGCUCAGGCCUGCUGCUGACAUCCGACCAGAAGCUGCACAAUAUUGCAUACAGAAACAAGAUCAUGGCUUGGACAUGGCUUUGGAUAACAAACUAAUCUCUCUCUCAGGACCCGCUUUGGAAAAAAGUCUUCCUGUUUAUAUUGAAACGCCGAUAUGCAAUGUGAAUCGUGCUGUUGGAACAAUGCUUAGCCACGAAGUGACAAAGCGCCACCACAUGGCUGGGCUUCCUCCAGAUACCAUCCAUAUUAAACUCAAUGGGAGUGCAGGACAGAGCCUUGGAGCUUUUCUUUGCCCUGGCAUCACUCUAGAGCUUGAGGGUGACAGCAACGACUAUGUUGGUAAAGGAUUGUCUGGGGGAAAGAUUAUUGUUUAUCCUCCGGAAGGAAGCCAGUUUGAUCCAAAGGAAAACAUUAUUAUUGGUAAUGUUGCUCUUUAUGGAGCAACAAGUGGUGAAGCUUAUUUCAAUGGUAUGGCAGCAGAAAGGUUUUGUGUCCGCAAUUCUGGGUCAAAGGCAGUUGUGGAAGGUGUUGGAGAUCACGGAUGUGAGUAUAUGACUGGUGGGAUUGCUGUCGUACUGGGGAAAACUGGGAGGAAUUUCGCGGCUGGUAUGAGUGGCGGCAUUGCUUAUGUUCUUGAUUUGGAUGGUAAGUUCAACUCCAAAUGUAAUCAAGAACAAGUAGAUCUUGAUAAGGUUGAGGACCAGGAGGAUAUCAUGACACUGAAGAUGAUGAUACAGCAACAUCAACGCCACACAAACAGCCAGCUUGCUAAAGAAGUGCUUGCUAAUUUUGAGAAUCUCUUACCCAGCUUCAUUAAGGUGUUCCCUAAGGAGUAUAAAAAAGUGAUGCUUGCAAAGAAAAAAGAGGUAAUUGCCAAAGAGGCAGCCGCUAAGUCUACCAAAGAAGCUGAAAACCUGGAAGAGGCUGAAUUGCAGGAGAAAGAUGCUUUUGAAGAGCUUAAGAAGAUGGUUGCAGUUUCCUCGAGUGUGGAAGACAGUCAGCAGGAAAUUGAGAAGGCUGAAUCUCCAAAGAGGCCAAGCCGUGUUUCUGAUGCUGUAAAACACAGAGGGUUCAUUGCUUAUGAGCGUGAGAGCAUAUCAUACAGGGACCCAAAUGCUCGGGUAAAUGAUUGGAAGGAGGUAAUGAUAGAAACAAAGCCAGGCCCACUUCUAAAGACACAGUCUGCCCGUUGCAUGGACUGUGGGACUCCCUUCUGCCAUCAGGAGCAUUCUGGGUGUCCACUUGGGAAUAAAAUACCUGAAUUCAAUGAGUUGGUUCACCAAAAUAGAUGGCGUGAAGCAUUAGAUAGACUUCUGGAAACGAACAACUUCCCAGAGUUCACCGGUCGGGUAUGUCCUGCUCCUUGUGAGGGUUCAUGCGUUCUGGGUAUCAUUGAGAAUCCUGUAUCAAUCAAGAGCAUUGAAUGCUCCAUCAUAGAUAAAGCGUUUGAGGAGGGUUGGAUGGUCCCAAGGCCUCCACUCAAGAGAACAGGGAAAAAAGUUGCUAUCAUUGGGAGCGGACCUUCUGGGCUGGCUGCUGCUGACCAGUUGAAUAAAAUGGGUCAUGUUGUGACAGUAUAUGAACGUUCUGAUCGAAUUGGUGGUUUAAUGACGUAUGGAGUCCCAAACAUGAAGACCGACAAAAUUGAGAUAGUACAGAGACGUGUUAACCUUAUGGCUCAGGAAGGCAUCAAUUUUGUGGUUAACGCGAAUAUUGGAAAAGAUCCGGCAUACUCUGUAGAUCAGAUUCGCAAGGAGAAUGACGCUAUUGUUCUAGCAGUUGGUGCUACAAAACCAAGGGACCUUCCUGUGCCUGGACGUGAUCUGAAAGGGGUUCAUUAUGCUAUGGAAUUUCUUCAUGCAAAUACAAAAAGUCUACUUGAUAGCAAUCUAAAGGAUGGUAAAUACAUAUCUGCCAAGGGGAAGAAAGUAGUAGUAAUUGGUGGAGGAGACACUGGGACAGAUUGCAUAGGGACGUCCAUCAGACAUGGGUGUAGUAGCAUUGUGAAUUUGGAGCUUCUUUCUAAACCUCCUCAGACAAGAGCCCCUGGCAAUCCCUGGCCACAGUGGCCAAGAAUAUUCCGUGUAGAUUAUGGGCACCAGGAAGCUUCUGUUAAAUUUGGUAAAGACCCAAGAACAUACCAGGUGUUGACGAAGCGGUUUGUGGCAGAUGAGGAGGGGAAGGUUAAGGGAGUUGAGAUUGUACAUGUGAAUUGGGAGAAGGAUGAUAGUGGGAGGUUUCAAUUCAAAGAAAUUGAAGGGUCAGUGGAAAUGAUAGAGGCAGACCUAGUCUUUUUAGCCAUGGGAUUCCUAGGCCCUGAGUCGUCAUUGGCGGAGAAGCUGGGGGUAGAACAAGAUAACAGGUCAAACAUCAAGGCAGAAUAUGGUAAUGGCGAGGGUGGGUUCUCGACCAGUGUGGAAGGGGUGUUUGCAGCUGGAGAUUGCAGGCGUGGACAAUCUUUAGUAGUUUGGGCCAUUUCUGAAGGCAGACAAGCUGCUAGCCGAGUCGACAAAUAUCUCAUGAAAGAAGAAAACAAGCAAACUGGAGCUACAAGUGGUGGGAGACAAGACAAGAUGACCCCGUCAAACAGCAUCAGCAAGGUAGCAGGAAAGAAACAGUAAUAAUAAUUAGUCAGUUUAUAUAUAUAUUAUAGAGAAGGAAAGAAGGAAGGAGUUCUGCCCCAUGGAUGAUGAUGAUGAUGAUAAUAUCGCGUUUUCUGUAUCCUCUCUUUGUUUAUAUAUAAGCAAAAAAAACAUUAUUAUUAUUAUUAUUAGUACUAUUAAGUUUGUUAAGUAGUCUGUGGUUUGGAGCCAGUCUUGCUCCAGUGGAAAAGAAUAAAUAAUAUUAUUAUGUACAGCACCUUUGUUUUGUUGUCUUUGGUUUACUGAUAUUCCAUUUCAAAUGCAAUUUCAAGUAUGAAUUAUUAUUGAUAGUUAUUUGUUUGUUCUUCU